UUACAUAAUAUUUCGUAAUAAAUCAGUGAACCAUGACGGAGCACAGAGGCACCUCCUUUUUCCACUCGUGCGUGAAGAUGCCGGUGGAUCCUUGUAGCCGGCAACCAACUCCUUCUUACGAACGUCCUCGACUGUCAUCCGGCAGCCGAAGAUCAGAGAAAGUGAAAAAAAUUAACUUUGCCGAGGGUGAACCAACUGCCGUUGAGAACUCAGAGUCGUCGAGUCCGCGCGACACAUUGGAAAAUCUUCUGGAGUUCCUGAAGAGCAUACCGGAUUAUGGACAAGUACAUCAUUUGUCGAACGAGCAAUUCAAGCAAAAGGUUGAAUAUCUAAGAAGGAAGCAGCGGCUGCUUCUGCAGAAUCUGAGAAACUCGCUGGAUGACACAGAGGAGCCGUCAUCGCGUCUGUCAAUUACGAGAAAUGAGAGCUCAAAGUCAAAGGACAACAAAUCGAAUGUCGUUGUUGAUGAUCUCAAGUUGAAUGGCAAGAAAUGCUACCUCGAGGAGUCGAGAACCAGCAGCCCAAUACUGUUUCCAUCUGGAAAUUUUGCUAGUCUCGCCGAAGAUCAAGAUCUACUGACGUAUAGAUGCAGAGACAAGGAUAAGGAAAUGAAGACAAUGCGCAACAAGGAGAUACUUGCGGCCAAUAAAAGCUGGAGCACGUGGAGCGAAUCGAAAAGCGAUGACAGCGUGAACAGUGAUGGCGAGGAUAGCAUCGAGACAAAAAGUUUACCACCAAGUAGCUCGAAAGAAUGGCACCCCACAGUGCCUAAACCGUUCAGUUUCACGCUGAGGGAAGAGGCUGAAAAAUAUAUGACAGAGAUAGAGACAGUCGAACGGACGAAUGAAGAUAACGAGAAGAAAAGUCCUUCGAAAAAACGACGAGUCAGACCAAUUCCUAUUACAUCCAAAAUACCACUUUAUGACAAAUUAAUGGCUGAAAAAGAGGAAAGAAGUCGUAUUGUACGCGAAGAGAGCGCACUAAAUCUAUUGUCGCAAGUGCGACCUUUUAAGCUGGAGUGCGAUCGUCGUGCCUGGCGAUCCAUGGCGAGGUCCAGUCCUGAACUCUACUCGAGCAAGAGCAGUUCUUCGCGUUUCAAGGCUAAGCCAGUACCAAGAAACCUGUUCGGCACCGAGGUUUACGACCGUAUGCUUGAGGAUGAAUAUUAUAGACAGCUAAGGAAAAGGUUGAGGGCUGCGGAGAUGUUGAAGUCUUCUUCGUUACCGCCAUCGAUGGCGAGGCGUGAACGUGUCAAGUCCGCAUAUGCACAUUUUCAGGACAUGGAGCCCAACAAGGAUGAUGACGAAUCUGUCAUUCCGACUACGACGAUGUCCGACAGAACUAGGUCCGCGCUGACGUCCGCAUUGUCUUCGCGCGGGAAUAACCUGGCUGCGAUUUUGAGAUGUCAAGCUUCACGAGAGAAACUGGAGCGCGAGAUACAGGAGCGGAUGGAGGAGAAGCGGCGGGAACAGAUACUGAAGUUCAGGGAGACGCUGAUCGGCCGAAAACCCGCGUGGAAGGCCCUGAGAUCGGCCGCGAGGCACGAGCAUGACAGAGACCUAGACAUACGGACGUCUCUUCGUCGUGACGAGGCGCGGGAACAGGCCGAACGUCAUCGACUGCAAAUGGAAAUGAUGCUGGACCGUGUGACGCAAAUACCGACUCUUUUCGAGCGUCAUUCUCAGAGUUUUCAAUCGCUCGUAAAGGCGCAACAGAAGGUUCCUUCGAAGAGUGCCUACGUCCGGAAGAAGAAAAGGAAGAAAAAGAAACAACAGCAACAGUCGAAAAGAUCUACGUCAAGUAGCUUGGACUCGUAUUUAAGCUUUGCCAGCAAUUCUAGACCAAAUUCCGGAUCAUUAGUCAGUUCUUCCGGUACUCUGAUGUCAAACCAAUCAUCAUCGAAGUCGUCGGGCGAUUCCUCCGACAAAUCGGCUGCUAAGUCAGAAGCCUCGACACUGAAAAGAAAAGCCGAUCGCGGUCCAUUGAAGGUUUCGAUCAAUGAAACGGCGGAAUGGAUCGAGGAUCGCAACGAAAAAUUGUUUAGUAGCGAUGAGCGAUCCCGCAGCGAUGAUGUCGAAGAGUGA